AUGCUUUGCUCAUUUUCUAACUCCCGCUUCUUCAAGCUCACAGUUGUUACACCAGCUGGUGAGAAGGUUCCAAUUAACUUCAACGAUGGACAGACUCUCUUUGAUGCUGUUUCAGGCACAAAAGCUGAAGGACUUCAGGGCAAGUGCGGCGGCAGCCAAGUUUGCGGUGAAUGCCACUGCAAGCUCCCACAGAACCUCUACGUAGCUCCAGAUGCUGACGAGAAGGAACUUCUUGCUAGCGGAACAGGUGUUACACCAACAUCUCGCCUUGCUUGCCAGCUUUCCCUCAACUCCAAGUUCGAUGGUGCUACAAUCGAGAUGACACACUAA